CAAAACUAUUUUGUCUAUGACGAUUUCUAGAUGAUUGUUGGCGAGUAACGUCUGUUUUGUCCGUAUUUUAUUGUAAUUUCGCUGCCAUGUGUGGCUACAAACGCGUAUUUAGGCAAAGAUUUAGUGAUGCUAUCCACCACUGCAAAUAGUAAAGUGAAAAAUCCUAAGGGAUCGGAGAACUCCGAAGGCUCAGAACGAGAGGUUAUUGGACAAGAAAACACAACGGAUGAUAAGGUCAGAGGUUAUGUUUCUUCGUUUGAACCGUCUACAUCUUUCGGAGGCCCUUCUAGAGAUGGCCGGUUCCGCUUCAGAGGCAGAGUCUCGGAGUUCCGGCACUCGCGGGGCGGUGGACGCGGUGGGAGAGGCCGUGGCGGUUUCCCGCCCAGAGGAGAGAGAGAUACCCUCGAUAAUUCCCAUAAAUACAACGAAUCGUUAGAUCAAACAAACAAUGACACCUGGGCGCAAGGAACUAAUUCAAAUAAGUUUUAUGAGAGGUCAGAGUUAGUAGUAAAUUUACCGGAGGAUCCACGUAUUUCUAAGUUACUGCGUCGCUUGUGCGCUGAGGAGGAUGUCGAGAAGUCGCUUACAAUUUGUAGCAAGCUUCAAGACGCUGUUAUGUUGCCUGAGAACUCACGGUAUAUUAGACGAGCCUAUGAUAUUCUAGUGGAAUCUCUAUUGGAUGUGUUGUAUGAUGCUCCAGGCCCAGAGACCAAAGAGGGUGCUGCUGUUGUACUGGGUCGGAUAGGGUAUGUCAUGGGCCCUGAUUUUAGAAAACAUCUCGAAUGGUUUGCCUCGUCAUAUGCUGUUCAUAAUACAUCUAUAAAACAUCUGCUUACUCUGUCCUUCAUAGAGACUUUCCAGUUAGACCAACAGACACCACAUUUAAUGGAUUUUGCAGAGAUUACUUUGGACAGAUUGCAGGUUAUUAUUGAAGGCACUGAUUCUUCUGAUGUUUUCAUCGCUGCUAUAAAUGCUAUGAUUGUAUUAUCAAAUUCAUACCCUGAGCAUUUUGCUAAUCAUUUUGUUGACACUGUGGAUAUACUUGUUGGCUGGCAUGUUGACAAUGUACAACCUAAAAAAAUCAAAGAUUUCGCUUUACAAUCUCUACUAAAACUAAGCAGGCACUGGCAGGCUGAUGUUGGAUUUUCUGUUAACUUGUUGUACCAGUUUGUGGAAGAUAUGGUUGCUUAUUCCAUUGCAUUAGAUUCUGAGAAAAAUGAAAAAGAUUUGGAAGUGACAUCUAAAGAUGAUUGUAUGCAGAAAAUAACAUCAUUCCUAAAUGUUUUCAAUACUGUUGUGAAGAGCCUGGGCUCUCUCUUGAGCCCCACAGUAUCACAAACUGUAACUUGGUCAUUUCUGACAGAGUCCUUAACUAAAAUAUUGCAAGUUUUGACAAAAACCAUGAAUGAAAAUGCUGACUCUGACUUGAUUCUAUCAGGUAAUGAAUGUAUUACUCUGUUACUAAAAUACUUGCAAUCUAAAUCAUCUUUCUGUUCUUUGGCUCUGUACAGUUUGAUUUCAAUGCAGAUGACAAACUUUCUCAAAGGGGAUGUGUGUGUUUGCCUCAGUGUCAUUAAUCUGAUUUCCAGUACAAUUAAAGAAAUAGCCUCAAAUCUCCCCAUAGAUUUCAUCACACAGACUAUAGGACCAGAAUCAUUGUUACGGCCACUGCGUUACUCAGAGAACCAACAAAUUUUAGAGGGUGUCCUGUCAGUAUACAGCAAUCUUUUGAAUCUGAAAAACAUACCUUUGCUUCAAGAGACUUACAAAUUUGUUUUGACUGAUAUACAAAACUCAUAUGCUAUCAUAAUACCUGAUAUUCAAAUUAUACAUCCCGAAUUUAUUGAGAAUGUAGCCUUAGAUGAUGCAGAGAAGAAUAUAAUUUUUUAUUUACAAUGUCUGUCUGAGCUAGCCAAUGCUAGCAACUCCAUCAUAGGCAUGUGGGCAUUGCAACCGAGCAUACUGGAACUAUUGGCUAUAAAGAUGUGUCCCCAACACAUUAACUUAGUGAAACAAAAUCCAGCACUCCAGUAUUCCAUUUUGUUUUUGCUGUACUCUCACUGCAAGAAAAAUAAUUACUUUAUUGCUUCAAGUGACCUAGUGACCAAUACACAACAAAGAACCAAUGACAUGUUUGGUUUAUCUAAUCUAAAUUUGGGUGAAGUAUCGGGUUCUAGCCCUACAUCGGGUCAUCUGGCUGUCAUUUUGAACCUGUUGAGCAUGAUAUUAGAUGAUGAAGUACCCAAAGAGACACUUCUACUACUUCUUUAUUGGAUUUCUGAUGUUUUUGUUCAGUUAGAUAAAUAUUUGCCAAUAGUGAGCUUGGCGAAUGGAUUUGUUGUUUUAACGACGAAUAUGUUAUCCUUAGCUUACAGCUUUGAUGAAGAUAUUGUUAUACUUGUAAUGAGGAAUUGUCAACAUUUACUGAAAAAUAAGAGUUUGACAUGGAACUUGAUGGUUCUGAAAACUAUAACAGUAGUGUGCUUGCUGCACAUUGAUAACCAAAAUAAAGAUUUGUCACAUGUGUGUAAGGAAGUGUUGUUUGACCUACCUUGGGACAUUGUACAGCAAGAGUUGGACAAACAAAUGGUGAAAGUAUUUGCCAGCAGAAAAAUGUUCCUUAAUGUUCUAAACAAUGAUACUAAAGUAAAUUCUUUUAAGGAAUAUCUUAUGCGAGGAUCAUUUACUACAUUGUCCAAUCACCACUUCAAGGCGAUAAUGGAUUGUUUACUUCAAUUGACAAAUAAAGACAACAAUUUUAUCGUAGACGCGUUUUUAACAACUUGGCCUCUUCAAAGUUUAGAUAAUGACGAAAAUAACUUAUUAUUUUUUAGACAGUGUGCGACAACUUUUUCAUCCAUCUGCAUUGGUUGGGCUUUGUCUGAACUGGCUCAAGCAACAGUUUCUUUAAAACUUAGAACUGUUCUCGGGAAGCCUCAGGAAACAUUCAUGAAAAUUGAAGGAGCUUUAAAAGGUAUAGCUCGCGACAUUUCCUCUUCUGAGACUAAGUAUGUAUCAACUGCAAAUCAAAAGCUGGUGGAAGUUAUAAUAACUGAGCAGACAAGAACGCGUUGGAUUACAGAGUUUAUGAUGUUUUUGGAGAAGUACAUUUAUAACGCUGCAGAAGGCACUGCCACGGUAUUGCCGGCGGUUGCGAAGCCAGUCAGAACUUUUUUCCACACCAACUGGUCGACGUGUCGUGAAUGGCUCACUAGGGUGCGUCCAGCCGCGCUUGCUGUCAGUCUAUAUGCAGGGAAUUUCGGAGCAGCUAUCUAUCAUGCUUCAUUAAUAUUACAGACAGCAGCCGCUUCGAACACUAAUAUUGAUAUUGAAGCUAUUACUAUGAGUAUAGCAAGAGCUCUUAUAAAAAUUGGAGAACCUGAAGUUUUACAUGGUUUAUACAUUUGGAUCAAACAAACAUUUGACAAAAAAAUCCUUUGGUUGAAAGGUGCAGCGGAGCAAGCCAAUGCCCGACACGAAUUGGCAUUGGAUUAUUAUAACAAGUUAAUUAAAAAUAAUCACCAUGAUAAUAACAAGGAAUCAACGUCAAACUCACAAGACACGAGAGUUAAUAGAUUUAUUGAUGAACAAAUAAUGGAGAGCUACAAACAAAUCCAGAGCUGGGAAGACAUGCAGCGAUGGAAAGAGAAAGAACUACAAAAUCCACAACAUUCCGAGUGGAGCUCUUUCCCAGCAUUACGACUAUUUGAAGAGAGUGGAGAUAUUCCUGAAGAUCUUUGCGAUUGGGAUAUAUUGAACAUCGAGACUAAGGAAAUUCCUAAAAACAUUUGUUCUUACCAGGGAAUGCUCAACAAAAUUGAAUCGACGUUAGUUUGCACAGCCGUAAAAAUUUACUAUUCUGACUAUGCAGAAAAAUAUGAUCGCCUUCUAAAAGAUUGCGAAACAUUGCUAAAUUCUAGUAUUGAAGAGUUUUCACGGACAAACACUGUACACUUUCUUAAAGAAAUAGCUGUACUACAAUUAGCGACUAAUGGAUUAAGUAACGUUAUCACAAAUGGCAAGGCUGUUUCAAAUCCUUUCAAACCAUCUAUUGUAAAAGAAAACAAAUUUGUGACAGACCUUAGAAAUUUGAGUCGAGUAUUAUGGUGGAAUCAGUAUUUUACGAAGCUGAACAUGACCGAUGAAAAUAUUUACUAUGCUGAGUGCCUUCGUUUAGACGUCGUUAGAAGCGCGAGGAAAAGCUCGAACUCCGUGAUGGCUAAGAGAGAGUUACUGAAAUAUUUUAAACAAAACUCUGCCUUCCAAAUGUGCAUAGGAAAUCUCAAUCAAUUGGACGAGCUUAGCGAUGUACUGCUCAUGGCUCCAAACACAUAUGAUUUUGAUAUAUGGACAAUGAACAACGCUUCAGCACUAGUGGAACUUUGCAAAUUAACAUACGCUAAUGAAGAAACCAAAUUACGCGCUAUAAAUCUUUGCGCCAGUAUUUCGCUCGGGUUUUCGCAACGACUAGCUAUGGGCGAGCCGAGCUACGAGCUCCGAGAAAAGGGAACAAGAAUGUUACUGACAUUGUCUAAAUGGGUACAAAACGAAAGUGAAAAUGUUUUAGAAAUUGAUACUCCAUUGACUAAAUUAAUAUCAGCCCUCCCUGAAAUAGGUUUAGUGGAUAAUAACAUAUCAGAAAACGUCAUACCUCUGUCUGAUUCCGCCGUAGGAAAAUUACUUCAGUUUGGUGUAAACCAGUGCCCUGGAUUGGCCAAAGCUUGGGCCAGCUUUGCGGGAUGGUGUUUCAGAUGGGGAAGGAAAAUGGUAGAGUACAGCUCCAAGACUGGAGAACAGUUGACAGAAAAUGAUAAAUUGCAGAUAGAGAGUGUGAUGAUCGGGUGUUCUCCUCAAGAUUUUGAUGCGGUAUGCGAGAUUCUGUCUAAAACAAAGGCUACGUGUGACGACGAAGAUAUCGACUGGAAUGAAAUCAAUACUUCUGAAAUGAUAGAAAGUCAGUUACGCACCGUUCCGUCUCUGAGUAACGCUUUUCCAGAGCAUCUAGCGCUACUGGUAGACAUCUGGAGGCAAGCACAAAAAAGAGUAUUCUCUUAUUUCGAACUCUCCGCUGACGCCUACUUCAAAUUCUUACAACUUAUUUGUGCUUCUGACUACAUUAAUCACAGCGGUGAAAAUGCCGUAGUUAAUGCAACGCUGCGUCUUCUUCGGUUGAUAGUUAAGCAUGCGAUGGAACUACAAACAGUUUUAGAAUCAGGCUUGGCAAACACACCAACACAACCUUGGAAAGUUAUCAUUCCACAAUUAUUCUCUAGGCUGAAUCAUCCAGAAACUUAUGUGAGAAAAUGCGUAUCCGAUCUACUUUGUCGUUUAGCAGAAGACACGCCUCAUUUGAUUACAUUUCCAGCUGUUGUGGGCGCGGUGGAAAACGAACAAAACAGUGUGGCCGAACUCAGUGCCAGGUCUUACCUAUCUAACGAGACAGGGAGCGGUGAGGAUAAUUUAGAUCUUGAUGAAAUCGAAAGCGACAAAAUUGUCAACAAUGAGUUGAAUUCAUGUUUCUUGGACAUGGUAGAGACAUUAGCAAAGCAAGCUCCUAAAACUAUUCUUCAAGUGAAAUUGUUGGUAAAAGAAUUACAAAGGAUAAACUUAUUGUGGGACGAAUUGUGUUUGGGCACGCUGGUACAACAUCAUUCGGAAUUCAGUAAACGACUGACGCAACUAGAGACAGAAGUAACUAAAGUUAAAAAUAAUCCGAAUCUCUCAGCAGAAGACAAAAAUAAAUUAAUAAAAGAGAAGAAUCGAAUUAUAUUCGAGCCAAUAAUUUUUGUGUUGGAACAUCUCGAUCACGUAACGUCGGCUAAACCAGAGACACCGCAUGAGAUCUCUUUCCAGAACAAAUUCCAAGGGAUGAUUAAGGAUGUCAUUGAUAAAUUAAAAAAUCCAGUGAAUCCAGAAAAACCACAAGAAUCGUGGGCUCCUUUGAAACAAUUACAAAUAAAAUUACAACAGAAAGUGAAUAAGAGAACGUCGUAUAUUUUGAAGAUGUCAGAUAUCAGUCCAGUAUUGGCAGACAUGAAGAACACAGUGAUCACGAUGCCGGGAGUGCACACCAACCAGAGAGCCGUCCGAGUGACCAUUAAAUCCGUCGAAAAUAACGUCGCCAUUUUGCCCACGAAAACAAGACCGAAGAAGUUAAUAUUUUACGGGUCUGAUGGUAAAGCAUACACUUAUCUUUUUAAAGGGCUCGAAGACUUACACUUGGAUGAGAGGAUCAUGCAGUUGCUAUCAAUAACAAACACUAUGAUGGCACGAGAUUCCGAGAACAACGACAACCAGACAUACAGAGCUCGUCAUUAUUCCGUGAUACCUCUGGGCCCGCGCUCCGGCCUCAUCAGCUGGGUGGACAACGUGACUCCUCUGUUCGCGCUCUACAAACGCUGGCAGAAUCGCGAAGCAGCAAUACUCUCGGCUAAAACUAACAAAACCGUGAACGUUUUGCGCCCAUCGGAACUGUUUUACAAUAAACUGAAUCCCUUAUUAAAAGAGGCGGGAAUAUCGACGGAGAAUAGAAAAGAGUGGCCUGUGUCGAUACUAAAGCAAGUGUUACAAGAGCUGACAUCGGAGACGCCGAGGGACUUGCUGUGGCGGGAGUUGUGGUGCGGGAGUGUUACGUCCGAACAGUGGUGGCAAAUGACGCGUCGGUACAGUUACUCUGUGGCUGUGAUGAGUACGAUCGGUUACAUAAUCGGACUGGGAGACCGGCACCUGGACAACGUGCUGGUGGACCUGACUUCGGGCGAGGUGGUGCACAUCGACUACAACGUGUGCUUCGAGAAGGGCCGCGCGUUGCGAGUGCCGGAGAAGGUGCCGUUCCGGUUGACUCCCAACCUAGUCACGGCGCUUGGAGUCACCACAGUCGAGGGCAUAUUCCGGCUGGCGUGCGAGCACGUGCUGCGCACGAUGCGGCGCGGGCGCGAGACGCUGCUGACGCUGCUGGAGGCGUUCGUGUACGACCCGCUGGUGGAGUGGGGCGCGGCGGGCGGCGGCGCGGGCGCGGGCAAGCGCAGGCGCAGUCAGCGCGACGUGCGCGCUGCGCUCGCCAUGCUGGCCGUCCGGGCGCAGGAGCUCAAGCACGACCUCGCUGAACUCACGUCUCAGUACGUCGCAGUUCUGCCAGAAAUAGAACAGAGUGCUGAAAGUUGGCUAAAGGAGCAUAACGAAUUAAAAGCAGUAGAGACGAGACUACAAGACUGCCAUCAGCAGAUGGCUCUGGUCAAGGAGAUAGAAGCAUACGGGCCGAACCUGAACAACCAUCCGCUAUAUGCCAUUUCUCAAAAAUACACAUCUUACAAGCAAGCAAAAAACGCUGUUGAAGAUUCGAUGAAAGCUCUCGUUAAGAUACUAAAAGAUUUCGACACGCAAAUCACAAAUUUCGCUGAAACGAAUGAGGUUCUAAAUGGACCACAGCUGAUGGCGUGGGUUCAAGAGUUCUCUGGACCCAACGAAGAAGAAGACAUACCUAUAUUCGACAGUAUCAAGGAGUUCCUGACCAAUGCCGGACAGAGCUCGAUGAUUUCCCAAUGCGAGCAGGCCGAAACUGAACUGAAUCAAUGCAUAAAGCAAACUCAUCACAUGGUCAGAUCUUGCCUAGAACUCUUGUCACAGUAUGUGGCUGUAUCCCAGUACUACCCGCAGAGUCACACAGAAUACCAUCGCAUUGUGAUGUUCAGGAAAUUCCUAGCUGCAGCUUUAGAGAGCAAGUCCCCUGAAGUUUGCCGGGAAGUAUCCAAUCAAGUGAAUACUCUGGUAUUUGCAGAGAACAAAGUAGAUUCAACUCAAAUCGCUGCGUACCACUAUCGAUUGCAAGCGAUCCACGCUGAAGCCAACGUGAAUUUGACAAAAGCUAUAGAAAGGUUGCACUUAGAAGGCGGACAAGAUUCGUUGAUGUUGGCUCAGGAGGCUUACAUGGAAGCAAAAGCGAAUAUUAGUAACUGGGUAAGAACUGAAGACGGAGCUGCGGCGGCGUUAGAGUGUGUUGCUAUCAGUAUGCUAUGCAACUUGAAUAGAAGAUACCUGAUGUUGGAGAACGGCGCUCAAAGUGCAGGAGAUUGUCUAGUCGACUUGACUUCGAGGGAAGGAGAGUGGUUUUUGGAUGACAUGAGCGCUUUGUCGAUGCAAGCCGUCGAACUAUUGUCACUGCUGCCUUUGCAAUCAGCGUCGACGGAAGACUCCGCACUGCCGGUGGCGGUGGAGUGCGUCCGCAACGCCAACUUGCUGCUGGCCGAUCUCGUGCAGCUAAAUUAUAACUUCAGCACGAUCAUACUGCCCGAGGCGCUGAAGAAACUCCACUCGGAAGACGCCUCGGCGCUUCUCAUGAUAAACGAACUGAACACCGUGAUCAUGAACACGCCGGUGCCGCUCAACGACCUGCUGGCACAGUUGGAGAUGCAUUUCAGAUACUUAGUCAUGGAUAUGGAGUCCCCAAACACAGGCGCGCAAGUCCUGGCCGCCGAACUGCGUGCUCGCUACGAAGCCCUGCUGUCGGCGUCGUCGCCAGAGGGCCAGGCGGAGGGCCAGGCGGAGGGCCAGGUGGAGGGCCAGGCGGAGGGCCAGGCGGGCCGCAUGCUGCUGAUGGGCUUCAAUGGGCUCUUCGCAGCCGUGGAGCUGCGCGCGCGCGAACUGGCCGACCACAUCGGGAUGCCCACGCCGCCCGCCUGGAGGAAGAUCGAUCACAUCAGUGACGCCAUGCAUAUGUCGGCGGCGCUGCAGAGCCCGGCGCUGCGCGCGGUGCUGGAGGACAUCUUCCUGGUGCGGCGCGUGCAGACCGUGGCCGAGGUGUUCGCGCUGUGCGGAGCCAUGGCGCGUGCUGCGUGCGCGCGCGCGCCGCCCGAGCUGCACGACGACGCCGCGCUCACCAAGCCCGUCAGGCGGUUCACGGCGCAGUACGUGUCGCGUUGCGUGCUGGGCGUGCACUCGCGCGCGCUGGCGGCCGCGCUGUGUCUGCUGCUGCGGCGCGCGCAGCUCGACCUCAGUCAGGAAGUCGAGCAGAAAGAGAUCGGAGCAUCGUGGAGCGUGUCGCUGGAGUCGCUGUGCGAGAAGGCAGUGUCGCGCGCACAGACGCGCGGCGUGGCGAGCGCGCGACUGGAGCGCGCGCUGGCGCUGGCGGGCGCGCUGCAGGCCGCGCGCGCGCGCCGCGAGCGCGCGGCCGCGCUCGUGCGCGAGCACGCGCGCGCUGCCGCCGCCGCGCACUCCGCUAGGCUGAGAGUGCUCGCGCACGCGCAGCUGUUUCCUGAUGUGGUGUCGCGGUCGGAGACGAGCGCGUGGUCGCUGCUGGCGCGGCGCGCGGGGUCGCUGACCUCGCUGGCGCAGCGUCUCGACGCCGCGCGCGCGCUCGCGCAGCAGCGCGUGCACGCCGUGCACCAGAGAGUGAAGUGGGGCGCGGGCGCCAACCCCGCGCUGUCGUCGCUGGUGGUGUCGCUGGAGCGCGCGUGGGCGGCGGCGCGCGCGCGCGCGGACGUGCUGUGCGCGGCGGCGGGCACGCUGAGCACGCACGCGCGCCGCGCGUCCGCACUGCGCGAGCCGGGCACGCGCGCCGCGCGCACCGCGCGCACAGCACGCACCGCGCUCGCGCACUGGGAGAAGGCGUGCACACUGUCGCAGAAGUACUCGCUAGAGGUGUCGCCGGCGGAGGAGGCGCUCAUGGAGCUGCUGCACCCCGACGCGACCGGUAUCGACCAGCAGUGGGUGGAGAACGUGUCUGCGUUGGUGCGCGAGAUGAUCGCGAGCUGCGCGAGCUCGCGCUCGGAGCGCGGCGCGCGGCUCGGCGCGCGGCUCGCGGCGCUGCGCGGCGCCGGCGUGCGGCUGCAGGCGCUCGUCGCGCGCCGCGCCGCGCUGCUCGCCGACUGCCGCGCGCCGCUCGCCGCGCUGCAGGACGUCAACGAGGGCCAGAACCCGGCGGCGGCGUACCUGUCCCAGAGCAGCGCGGUGUCGGCGCUGCUGGCGCUGGCGGGCGCCGCCGCCGCGCGCCCGACCGCCGCCGGCGCCGCGCAGGCGCGCGACGCCGCUGUCGCCUUGAUGGAGGACCUGCCUAAGCUGCACGAACAACUGCUCGAGUUGCCGACUGCGUGGGCCUCGGAGUCGGCGGGCCGACGACUCACGCGACAGAACGCCGUCGCCAGGCACGCAGGUGCGGGGAGUGCAGACGGCGAGCGCAGCGCGCAGGGCGCGGGCGUGUGGAAGCGCGUGCGCCUGAAGCUGGAGGGCCGCGCGCCGCUCGCCGACCAGGUGGAAUACAUGAUAUCGGAAGCUCUUAGCGCAGAGAACCUGUGCCUGAUGUACGAGGGUUGGAUGGCGUGGGUGUGAGCCGGGCCCCCCCCCCGGCCACUCCCCGCCCCCCACCGCACCCGCAGCCGCGCCUGAGCCCUGCGGCCCGCGCGCCCGCUCGGGACUACUACUGACGACGUUACGAUAACGUUACACCGAAGGGAAACGCUACCUCGAAGGUUGGGUACGUUAAUUCGAAACUCAACGGUCGCGGAGCGCCGACGCGCUUCGCGGCGGUGACGACGAGGGCGAGAAGCCCGUCUCUUAUUAUUAUUUUCAUUUUUAUGUUACGGUCGAGCGGCCCGGCCUGUUCUCCUUUUUAUAUAUUUUCAUCCAUACUCAUUCGACAAGAAAUAUAUUUGCAACAGUUUGUUUAUAAAUGUUAUCUAAAACGUCAGGUAAAAUAUAACUUUAUGAUGAAUCCAUCAAAAACAUAUAUAUGUAAUCAGGUAUUUGGACGACAGGCCCGGGUAAAGUUAGAAUAAUAUUGAAUUGAGUGUAGGAGCUAUCUGUAAAGACGGCGGACGCCGGUCCCUGCUGAUCUGUCUCAACCAGGACUGCGUCGUUUUAUUGUUAAAACAACCAAAAAAUACUCGGACUUGUUUUAAUUUGGCUUAUGUUAUUUAUCAAAAUUCCAAUAUAUUCAAUGGUAAUAUGUCGUGUUGUGACACCUUCAAUAAGAUCGAUGAUGCUGACAUCAUCAGACUGUAGGUGUCGCUUGCGUCGAAGUUGGAUUAUGGUGUAGAUGUAACGCAUUUUUUAAUUAAUGUAUUUUAAUAUAAGCUUAUUUUUAGUUUGGACUCGUCUCCUUCUGUUCUGUAAAUUAAUUAUCUACUAGCCCAAUUUAUCGCCGUGAUUUAGAAGAUAUAUGUUAGACAGCUAUAGGAGAAAUUGUCAAGUCUGUUCAUGCAUUGUAAACAAAACUUUUAAACAAAUCAAUGUAUAUAAAUGGAAAUAGUCACUAAUUAAUUCCAUAUUCUUAACGGACAAUUCGAAAUUUGCAUUACAAUUUAGAUUUUAAAACAGAGAGUGACUCAGCCGACGCCGGCGGCAAAUAUAUCGUGGAUAGCGGCCGGCACUAGAUUUUUUUUAUUAUGUGUACCAUCUAUAUUUUAUGUUCCGAACUAUAGUUAUACUUCCCCUAUUUAUAUAAACAAUUGAAAACGAAUACUGAUAUUUGUAGCGUAUAAGAGCCAUGCCCCAUUGCUCAUUCGCGCUCCGUCACUUUAACGUCCGUCGACAGACAACAUAGAACACCACAGAAAUUGGUAUUUUCCAUAGGUUUUGACUAUUGAUACAUUUCCGCGCUGUUCAAUCGACGGAUGUCAAAGCGCAACGUAACGUGGCUUUAUCUUAUGACGAAACAUUAAAUUAUGAUUAUUUUCUCAAUUCUACAAGAGGUUCUGAAACAAAAUAAAAAAAUAACUGACCAACUGAGUUCUUACACCGACGAAUUAACUCACUCACCUCUGUGUCAUGCGCUGGUGCCGGCCGCCAUGCCUAAUGCCGACGCCGGUUUAGGAAGCACUCCCUUUAAAAUAAUGAACCUAAGUUGUUACACAGAAUUGUACGCAGGCUUGACCUGGAAUAUCCAGUAGAUACAUAUGGCUAAGGUGUAUACUAAUAAAAAUAUCGUUCAAAAUACAAUUAGUUUCGCCUGGCACCGCCUCGCACUCUUUUUAUCAAACUGUAUGUAAGAAAUGGAAAUAGAUUUAAAUGUGAGUAUUAUAAACAUACAAUACAUUCGUCUGGUCACAUACAUCCCGUAUGUGUGCCUACUGCUUCUAAAUAUUAGUACCUAUUAGAUACCUUUGUGGGGUGAGCCUUACGUUGGAAUCAAAACAAUCAUGUAAGAAUAUAUAAAUAGUCUAGAAAUAUAAUAGAUUGUAGAAUACACGUUGAGCUAACUGACAAUUCCAGCAGUUUAUGCUACAUGAAUGGGAAAUAUUUAUUCACUAAUCAUAAUACCUACAUAGGAUGUUGAGACAAGGAGUAAUGCAGAACAUUUAGCAGCAUAGUCCCACUAGCACAGGAGAUGAGUCCAUAUUAAUCUCAUAUAGCCGCAUAUAGCAUGUGUAAACGGCGCGUGAAUGUAAGGAAAUUAUUUUAACCUUUAAGAAUUAGACAGAGGGCUGAUUAUUCAAUUUUCUCAUUUUGACUUGACCAUAAUGAAAAAUAAUACUAUUUAACGAAUCAUAAAAUGUACCAUCAGAAAAUUGAUAAAUUGGCUCUUAUUUAUGCUCUGUCCGCACGCGACAUGUCAUCGCGCGGUUUUUAUUCUCGCGAAUUAUAUUCCGCACUCGCACUUGCUGCGAAUACUUUACGAGUGCCGGUGCGAGUACUCUAGUAAGAUUCAAUGUGCCACAUUACAAGAAAUAAACCGCGCGGUGAAAUAUCGCAGUGCGGACAGCCCUAUUGUGUGUAUUGAAGGGACACGAAAUACGUUCGGAUCGAAUAUUCGGAUCCUAGUAAAAUGGCGUCCGAACUGAAAAUACAAUACAAUUGUUCUCGAAUGUUACGGACGUUUCCGAAAUCGUGAGCCCGUGAGUUGUCGCUUGUCAUUUUAAUAUUAAUAAAUGGUGUAUGUCAAA